AAUGCUGAAUUAUUAAAUGACAAUGAUCUCAGUGGCAUGAAACUUCCAUUGCUCACAACAGCAAGGCAGAUGUAGGAAAGGAAACCCCUCAUGUGGAACCCACUCUUCUCCCCCUCCCCCAGUCCCUUGAUCUGAUGGAGGAAGGAAUAGCAAUGCUUUAAAGUGUGGGGCCACUCUUGGAUAUCCUUUCCACUUGACUUUGGGGGCAUCAAGCAUGGUAGAAUUGACCUCUGGACUCUGCUGCCUUUCACCUGGACACUUGAAGUGAUCCUCCUCUAUUUACUGGACAGUGGUGGACGGUAAUAUGGCUGUGUAGUCCAGCACCACAUGGGGUGUGUGUGAGGCAUGUGUAAAGAGUGGGAUGGGGUCUUACAUUGGAAUGUGAUCUAUGAACAGAGGCCCAAGAUUGCUAUUUCCUUCCCAAGAUAGGAAGAAGGGCAGUUGGAAAGCUGAGUGACAAGCAAUGGUGAGCUAACCCAGCUUGGCUGUAGGAAAUGAGUGAGUGGGGGACAGAGAGAUACCGAAACGAUCCCUAGCUGCAUCUCUUAAAACUCUAAUAAGAGUAAGAGUAAUGCUCAACCAGUCACCAACCGGUCGAUCGUGAUCGACUGGUUGAUCCUAGAAGAGCUCCCAGUUGAUUGCGAUCUCUGGCGGUACAGUGUGGCUGUGCUAAGGUAGAUUCCCUUUCUACCCCAGCCCCACACUGCUCCCAGAAGCUGACAGCGUGGCCCUGGGGGAGGGGGGCCAGGGGUCUCCCUCUGUAUGCUGCCCCUGCCUGCAAGCACUGCCUCCAUAGCUCCUAUUGGCCGGGAGAGCUGCAGGGGGGUGCUUGCAGAGAGGGACAGUGUGCAGAGCAACAUGCCCCCUGCGCAGGGGCACACUGGCCCCUUCCAGUAGUGGAGUGGAGCCUGCCUUAGCCUCGCUGUGCCCGCCGCUGACUGGGAGCCACCACAGGUAAGUGCUGCUCAAUGGGAGGCUGCACCCCAGCCCUGAGCCCCCUCCAGAGCCAGCACCCCAUACCCCCCUCCUGCACCCCAACACUCUGUUCCACCCCUGCCCCAGGCUCAGCCCAGAGCCCACUCCUAGACUGCAAACCUCUCGGCUCCAGCCCAGAGCCUGCACCCCCUCCCAACUCACUACCCCAGUCCAGUGAAAGUGAGUGAGGGUGGGGGAGAACAAGUGAUGGGGCUGGAAUGGAGUAAGUGGGGCAGGGUCUUAGGGAAGAGGUGGGGUAGAUCCUGGGUUGCCCUUAAAUUCAAAAAGUGAUCUUGGGCGUAAAAAGGUUGGAGACCACUGGGGUAGAGGUUUACAAAAAAACAAACUUCUUGUCUUUGUCAAAACCUGACUGUUCAGCUCCUUGAAAAAAUUAAAUGGAACUCUUCUUCUGCUCUUCUUUUUUUUUUUUUUUUUUUCCCUCAAACUUUUAGGUGCAGCCCUUUCCCUAAUUGUUUGUUUGUUUGUUUGUAGACAAUCUGGAAUGUAGAAUACAGAGCUAGAGGUCCUAGCACACGCAGUCAUUGCCCCUUUCCUCUUCUAUGCAGGGAAUUUCACUUCAUUGCAUACUUACCAAAGCAGCAUGCACCUGCCCAGUUUUAAAACUGCCAUAACAUCAGUCCCUUUAACGAAGUAGAAGAUAAACUAUAUAUUCUGCAUUUGGAGUGACACACUUUUCCUCAAAUAGAAGCCACCCACACAGAAUAUGCCUAUGGGUCCAGGAGGGAUGAGUCAGAGUGGCCCUCCCCCACCUCCACGUUCUCACAACAUGUCUUCAGAUGGUAUGGUAGGUGGGGGCCCUCCUGCACCACACAUGCAGAGCCAGAUGAACGGCCAGAUGCCUGGACCUAAUCAUAUGCCUAUGCAAGGACCUGGGCCUAAUCAACUCAGUAUGACAAACAGUUCCAUGAACAUGUCUUCAAGUAGCCAUGGGUCCAUGGGCGGUUAUAAUCACUCAGUGCCAUCUUCACAAAGCAUGCCAGUGCAGAAUCAGAUGACUCUGAGCCAAGGACAGCCCAUGAGCAACUAUGGCCCCAGACCAAACAUAAACAUGCAACCAAACCAAGGUCCAAUGAUGCACCAGCAGCCACCUCCUUCCCAGCAAUAUAAUAUGCCACAGGGAGGUGGGCAACAUUACCAGGGACAGCAGCCACCAAUGGGAAUGAUGGGCCAAGUUAACCAAGGAAAUCACAUGAUGAGUCAGAGACAGAUUCCUCCGUAUAGGCCACCACAGCAAGGCCCACCACAGCAGUACUCAGGCCAGGAAGACUAUUAUGGGGACCAAUACAGUCAUGGUGGACAAGGUCCUCCAGAAGGCAUGAACCAGCAAUAUUACCCUGAUGGUCAUAAUGAUUACGGUUAUCAGCAACCGUCGUAUCCUGAACAAGGCUACGAUAGGCCUUAUGAGGAUUCCUCACAACAUUACUACGAAGGAGGAAACUCGCAGUAUGGUCAGCAGCAAGAUGCAUAUCAAGGACCUCCUCAGCAGCAGGGUUACCCUCCACAACAGCAGCAGUACACAGGCCAGCAAGGUUAUCCAGGACAACAGCAGGGUUAUGGUCCUUCACAGAGUGGUCCAGGACCUCAGUAUCCUAACUAUCCACAAGGGCAAGGCCAGCAGUAUGCAGCAUAUAGGCCCACACAGCCUGGACCACCACAGCCACCACAACAGAGACCUUAUGGAUAUGACCAGGGACAAUAUGGAAACUAUCAGCAGUGAAAAAGUACUUACAUUCCAGUAUCUAUUAGCAGCCAUAUUGUCUCCUCAGCACUGUGGACAUCUCCCUGUGAAGAGAAUCUCCCAUUCCAUCUAGCUUUUGGAAAAAUAUUGUGGAUAAAUGGCUGUUUUACAAUAUGCAGUCUUUAUGGGCUAGUUAUAAAAGGCUGUAGCCUCUCAAAAACUCUGAUUUCACAUCUAUACUCUAGAUGGCAAUAUUGGACAGAAAAUGCAUUGACAUAACCGGUUUUCAGUGAGUUCGGAACUGUGCAUCAAACAGACUGUUCCAGACUGAAAGGCGUGAAAAGCUUUGUAUGUUUAUGAAGGUUAUGGGAAUUUAAUAUUUUUUCCACAAAUUCUUUUGUAAGGGGAAGGGGGAAAUGUACACUUUUUACAGCAGCAAUAUUUUGUAUAUUAUGUUUUUCAUGUGAAUAUGCAAGACAGUACACUACUCACUGGGCAGGAUCAAAAAUCUGCUGUUAAUAUGGAUGGGGGCAUGGUAAAUGCUUGAUCGUGUUGGUCUCAAAAUGGUGUAUAAUAAAGGUGAAUAAAGACAUAGUAUACUGUACAUUACCGAUAGGCUCUUGUACAAAGAAUUGAAUCCCAGUUACCUAAACAGGAAGGUAAUCAAGAACAGUAUGAUAUAGUCCUGUGCAAAGAAUUAAUUUUUUAAGCUUUCCAAUUUUUCUGAGUGAAGCAUUUUUGUAAAGAUGGUUUCUAAUGUAGUUUAACAAUUUUUUGCAACACGGUUUAGCACCCAGAAAAAUUGUUCAAACUGUAGGUGUUUUGUCACAGCUUAACAUAAACCACGCCGUAAUCCCUUUCUAAUUGCAGUAACAAAGAAUAUGACAAUGUUAAUUUUACCUGGUUUGAAUAUGCAAAGAAUUAAAAAACUAAUACUGAAGACAGGUCAAACUGUAUUUGUAUAGCGUAUUUUAACCUUUAGUUGGAUAAUUUGUAUGUAACAAACUAGCAUAGAAGAAUUUGUAAACCUCUAUCUAAACUUUCUUAACUGGGAAUUAAUACCUUUAGAAAGGGGGCAUUUUUUGUGUGUAUCCAUUUUUCUUACUAGUUAAUAUGAGACCAAGGUAUGUUUUAGAUUAUCACAUAUAAACCUGCUGGUGAGGUAAAUGCCAAAUUUUGUUGUGAACUGCAUUGAUGCUUAUAAUGUUGCAUGUGACAUAGAGGCAACACGCUGAUCAAUAGCGAAGCAGGCAGAUUGGUUUUGAGACCAUCCUGUGACUGUAGUUCAGAUAUGUGAAGGGAUAUUCUGUUGUGCAAGAAUACAUGCAUUCAGGACUUCUUGGCAAUCUUUAUGAAGGACAUAACUUAAAAAUAAAAUUAGCCCAGGGAUAAAAUAAUAAUUUUUUCACAGUUGGCCAUGAUGUUUUAACAGGGAGAAAGCAAUUGUAAUACAUAGUAUUUGAAUGAGCAAAACAUACACGAAAAACAAAAUUUUCAAUUUGUCCAUUGUAUUUUUAAAGGGAGAACUUUUUUUUUUAAAGCUUAAAGUUGAUCAGUAGAAAAUGCACAUCAAGGUUUGAACAGAUAACGCAUGAGGAGCAUUAUUAUGAAUGAAAUGCUUGUAGGUUCUGUGCCAAUUUUCCACCACUGUGUACUUCAUUGCUAUUUAAAACUGUACUCCAUCAACUCUAAAGGAAGAAUAAAUUAUUUGUGAUUUUAA